CCCCGAGUGUCAUCCGCGGGGAAAGGUGGGGAAGGGUCGCGGGCGGCGGUGGGGCGAGGGCCGUGAGCGUGGCCGGACCUGACGCGGAGCGGCCUCCGUGAGUGUGGGGCCUGCAGCCUUCUUCGCCCCCGCGCCCCCUGCGCGUCCCGCAGCGCGCGAGGCCCCUGACGGCUCGGUCCCCGCGGGCUGGCGCCUGACCAGCCAGGCCUCGGAUGAUUUUGCUCCAGAACUUGGUCCUGAUGUCUGAUCAUGGAGAUGUGAGCCUCCCACCCGAAGACCGGGUGAGGGCUCUCUCCCAGCUGGGGAGUGUGGUGGAGGUGAAUGAAGACAUUCCACCCCGGCGGUACUUCCGCUCUGGAGUUGAGAUGAUUCGAAUGGCAUCCAUUUACUCUGAGGAAGGCAACAUCGAACGUGCUUUCAUCCUCUAUAACAAGUAUAUCACGCUCUUUAUUGAGAAACUACCCAAACAUCGAGAUUACAAAUUGGCUGACAUUCCUGAAAAGAAAGACACAGUAAAGAAAUUAAAGGAGAUUGCGUUUCCUAAAGCAGAAGAGCUGAAAGCAGAGCUGUUAAAACGAUACACCAAAGAAUAUACAGAAUACAAUGAAGAAAAGAAGAAAGAGGCAGAGGAAUUUGCCCGGAACAUGGCCAUCCAGCAAGAGCUGGAGAAGGAAAGACAGAGGGUGGCACAACAGAAACAGCAACAAUUGGAACAGGAGCAGUUCCAUGCCUUUGAGGAGAUGAUCCGGAACCAGGAGCUAGAGAAAGAACGACUGAAAAUUGUACAGGAGUUUGGGAAGGUGGACCCUGGCCUGGGCGGCCCGCUGGUACCUGACUUGGAAAAGCCCUCCUCAGACGUGUUCCCCACCUCACCUGUCUCAGCCACACAGCCUUCAGACUGUAACACGACUCCGAGGCCGGCUAAGCCCCCUGUGGUGGACAGGUCUUUGAAACCUGGAGCACUGAGCAACUCAGAAAGUAUUCCUACAAUUGAUGGAUUGCGCCAUGUGGUGGUGCCUGGGAGGCUGUGCCCACAAUUCCUCCAGUUAGCCAGUGCCAACACUGCCCGGGGUGUAGAGACAUGUGGAAUUCUCUGUGGAAAACUGAUGAGGAAUGAAUUUACCAUCACCCAUGUUCUCAUCCCCAAGCAAAGUGCUGGGUCUGAUUAUUGCAACACAGAGAAUGAAGAAGAACUCUUCCUCAUUCAGGAUCAGCAGGGUCUCAUCACACUGGGCUGGAUUCAUACUCAUCCCACACAGACCGCCUUUCUCUCCAGUGUUGACCUGCACACUCACUGCUCCUACCAGAUGAUGCUGCCAGAGUCAAUAGCCAUUGUUUGCUCCCCCAAGUUCCAGGAAACUGGAUUCUUUAAACUGACUGACCAUGGACUAGAGGAGAUUUCCUCCUGUCGCCAGAAAGGAUUCCAUCCACAUAGCAAGGAUCCACCUCUUUUCUGCAGCUGUAACCAUGUGACUGUUGUGGAGAAAGCCGUGACCAUCACAGACCUACGAUGAGAGUUUGACUUAAAUGCCUUCCAAGAACUAUAAAACUUAUCAGUGUACUGUACCCCCUUAAUUUAAGCUUCCAGGAGGCUUCGAAUGCCUUUUUAAACAGAAUAGACAAGGAUGUCAUCUGGGGGAGAGCUGAUUUUCUGUUUCUGGUUUGAGAAAAUGUUUGGGUAUAUUUUUUAGGCAAAUCUGGAAAAAAUCAUGAUCACACUAAAGCAAAUGUAACUCAAAAUUAAUUCGAAAGAAUAAUAUCAUGAGUGCCCAUAUGCCCUUUAUUUUAUAGAUUCACCAAUUGUUAAUGUUUUUUCUUUCCUCUCAGCUGUCUGUCUCAUUUCUCUGCCAAUUUGUUUAUUUUUUACCUUUGGACUAAAUAUGGGCAUCUAGCAGAAAUCUGGAAGCCAUUUAGAAAAUCUUUGGAGUUUUCUGUGGUCUGUGGCAAUAUGAAUAGAGCUCAUUACAAAGGGGGCAGCUCACUACAUCUGACCAGAUGGUGAGGCUUACACACCUUGAAGGAUGAUUUUUGUCAGACAUUAUUGCUAUUUAACAAACAUUUCAGGAUAUUUUCUUCCAUAAUAAAAAUAACGAUUAACUUA